AUGUGUUUAAUAAAAUUGAGCCUUAAUUUGAAUGAAGAAUGUUGGUGCAAAUGUCUCAGGCAUGCCAAUGAAGAUAAUAUUUCUUUCUGCCACAGAAAACAACCAAAGACUUUCGCGUUCGACCACUGCUUCUACUCGCUGGACCCGGGGCUGCCGAACUUUGCCUCUCAGAAGACUGUGUUUGAGUGUCUGGGCCGUGACAUCCUCGACAAUGCCUUUGACGGCUACAACGCCUGCAUCUUCGCGUACGGACAGACAGGUUCGGGCAAGUCGUACACCAUGAUGGGGGCUCCGGGUGCGGACGAAGGCGGUAUUAUCCCCAGGCUGUGCGAUGCGCUCUUUGAACGGAUUGCCGUCCAACAGAAUCCCCCUGCGCUCACGUACAAGGUGGAGGUCUCCUACAUGGAGAUAUACAACGAAAGAGUGCACGAUCUCUUAGAUCCAGAAACAUCACGAAGAUCGCUGCGAGUGCGCGAGCACGCAGUCCUGGGACCCUACGUCGAUGGGUUAUCACAGCUCGCGGUCGCAUCUUACCUGGAUAUCGACAACCUAAUGACGGAGGGUAACAAAUCACGAACGGUCGCCGCGACGAACAUGAACAGCGAAUCGUCGCGUUCGCACGCGGUAUUCAGCGUCGUGUUGACGCAGACUCUCACGGAUGCGGCGACAGGAGUGUCCGGGGAGAAGGUGGCCCGCCUGUCUCUCGUCGACUUGGCGGGCUCCGAGCGGGCUGUCAAAACCGGUGCAGUCGGCGACCGGCUGAAAGAAGGCUCUAACAUUAACAAGUCGUUGACGACGCUGGGCCUUGUGAUCUCAAAGUUGGCGGACCAGUCGUCUGGAAAGACCAAUAAAGACAAGUUCGUACCGUACCGUGACUCCGUGUUGACGUGGCUGCUUAAAGACAACUUGGGUGGAAAUAGCAAAACUGUAAUGGUGGCAACAGUAUCGCCAGCAGCCGACAAUUACGAGGAGACCCUAUCAACUCUCCGAUACGCGGACCGGGCGAAGCGCAUCGUCAACCACGCCGUAGUAAACGAGGACCCCAACGCGCGCAUCAUACGCGAGCUGCGCCAGGAAGUGGAAGCUCUCAAGGAGAUGCUCAAAUACGCCACGGGAUCACCGGUGGGCGAAGAUGUGCACGAACAACUGGCGCAAAGUGAACAUCUCAUGAAGGAAAUGUCGAGGACUUGGGAGGAGAAACUCGUCGAGACUGGUCGGAUACAAAGCGAGAGGCAGCAAGCUUUAGAGAAGAUGGGCAUCAGCGUGCAGGCCAGCGGCAUCAAAGUAGAAAAGAACAAGUACUACCUAGUCAACCUGAAUGCAGACCCUUCGCUCAACGAACUUCUCGUAUAUUACUUGAAGGAUAAAACCUUAGUUGGCGCUGACCAUUCAGCGGACAUCCAGCUAUCCGGUUUGGGAAUCCAGCCGCAACACUGCCAUCUAGUGGUGGAAGGCGGGUUUUUAUUUAUGGAACCCUUGGGUGGGGCGCGGUGCUUCGUCAAUGGAACCCCUGUGGUCUCCCGAGUACGUUUGGGCCACGCUGACAGAAUACUGUGGGGAAACCAUCACUUCUUCCGCGUCAAUUGCCCUAGGACUACGACAGCGGCAUCUGAGCCGCAAACUCCCGCGCAGCCCAUCGACUACAACUUCGCGCGGGACGAGAUUAUGCUGAAUGAACUCAGCAACGACCCCAUACAGACCGCGAUAUCGCGGCUGGAGAAACAGCACGAGGAAGAUAAACAAGUCGCUUUGGAGAAACAGAGGCAAGAGUACGAAAGGCAGUUCCAGCAAUUGAGAAAUAUACUGUCGCCGACGACACCAUAUCCACCGUAUUCGUACGAUCCCCUUAAACUCGGUAAAAUGUCAGCGUGCACUCCCACAACGGCGGCUCGAGUGGAGCGAUGGGCGGCAGAAAGGGACGACACCUUCAAGCGGUCCCUGGGCCGUUUGAAGGCAGACAUAUUGCGGGCCAACGCGCUAGUGCAAGAGGCCAACUUUUUAGCUGAAGAAAUGAGGAGGAACACGCGGUUUAGUGUAACGCUGCAGAUCCCGCCGCAAAACUUGAGCCCGAAUAGAAAGCGUGGUGCGUUCGUAUCGGAACCCGCUAUAAUGGUGAAGCGUCCGGGGCGCGGCGGUCAAGUGUGGUCGAUGGAGAAGCUCGACAACAAGCUCGUGGACAUGCGCGACAUGUACGACGACUGGCGACGUCGCCAGCAGCGCUCGCCCACAGAGCGGCCCGUAGAGGAGCAAAGCGACAAAGUGCUAGAUCCAUUCUACGAGUCCCAGGAGAACCACAAUCUAAUCGGCGUCGCCAACGUCUUUCUAGAGGCGCUGUUCCACGACGUCACACUCGAUUAUCACACGCCAAUCAUCAGCCAGCAGGGAGAAGUCGCAGGGCGUCUGCAGGUGGAGUUGAGUCGCGUAGCUGGCCAGUUCCCGCAGGACAGGAUCUGUGAAGCGGCGUCUGACAGUUCUAGCGAUAUGCGCGAUGAAGACGACCCCGUAGAUCAAGCCACUCAACAAGUAACGAUCCGCGUGUCAAUAAAGCAGGCGACCGGCCUGCCCCCAUCGCUGUCUCACUUCGUGUUCUGCCAGUACUCCGUGUGUGGGGGCGAGGCGGUCGUGGUUCCGCCCCGAGUGGCGGCCGACGCCCCGCCCUCGCCCCGGGCCCCGCAGGCCUCCUUCCGCUUCGACCACCAGCGGGACUUCACCCUGGCCCUCACCGAGGAACUGGUCGAGCACUGCGCCGAGGGUGCACUAUCGAUCGAAGUGUGGGGCCAUCGAUCGGCGGGGUUCAGUCGCGGCCGCAACAACUGGGAGGUGGAGCAGCAGCAGCUGGCCAAGGCGAGAUCGCUGGCCGACCGCUGGGCAGAACUCACGCGGAAGAUCGAGCUUUGGGUCGAGAUCCACGAGCUCAACGACCAGGGGGAGUACGCCCCCGUCGAGGUGGUCCAACGCGCCGACAUGGUGACCGGCGGCGUAUAUCAGCUCCGUCAGGGCCAGCAGCGCCGUAUGGCGGUGAGGGUGCGGCCCGCCCUCAACUCGGGCACGCUGCCCAUCAUCUGCCAGCACAUCGUCAGCGUGGAGGUCGGCUCCGUGUCCGUCAGGUCCCGUCUACAGAAACCGUUGGAUUCGUACCAGGAGGAAGAUCUAGCUGUUCUGCGUGAGCGUUGGAGCGACGCGCUCGCCCGCCGUCGACAACAUUUACAUGCGCAAUUGCAGAAACUGGUGAACAUGUCGCCGUCAUUGAAAAGUGAACGCGACAUGGAGCGAGAACAGUCUUUGGUAGAACAAUGGGUGUCGUUAACGGAGGAAAGGAAUGCAGUACUAGUCCCGAGUCCCGGAAGCCCAAUCCCGGGUGCGCCGGCGGCCUGGAAUCCACCGCCCGGAAUGGAACAACAUAUCCCUGUAUUAUUCCUCGACUUAAACGCGGACGACCUGUCAACACAUGGCGGGGGCGGAUCUGUGGGCGUCUCGGGCCUCCACUCGAUAUUGCCCAAGGAGCACGGCAACCGGUUCUACGAGCUGCAGAUACUGCACCACCACGACAAAGACGUCUCCGCGCUCGCCUCCUGGGACUCUUCCAUCCACGACUCGCAGUACCUCAACCGGACUACGGAAGCCAAUGAACGCGUGUACCUGAUUCUGAAGACGACAGUGAGACUGUCGCACCCCGCCCCGAUGGAUCUCAUACUUAGGAAACGAUUAGGGUUAAACAUUUACAAACGACAGAGCUUCACAGAUAGGAUACGCAAGAAAAUCGUCAGGACUGAUCAGUUAACGCAGACGGGAGUAACGUACGAGGUGGUUUCCAACAUUCCCAAAGCAUCCGAAGAAUUAGAGGAGCGCGAAAGUCUCGCGCAAAUCGCCGCCACCGGCGAAGAAGCGAGCGCGGCCGACGGAGAGACCUAUAUAGAAAAAUACACACGCGGAGUUAGCGCAGUCGAAAGUAUACUGACUCUGGACCGACUUCGGCAAAGCGUCGCCGUGAAAGAACUAGAACAAGCGCGCGGCCAACCAAUCACAAUGAGGAAGACAGCUUCUGUACCAAACUUCUCACAGAUAAUGCGCUUGGAUUCCUCGUUGGAAUGCCUAGCGGGUCUAGCGGGCGGUCGAUCGGGCAGCGUGGCGGAUCUAGCCGACGAAGCGCCGCGUCGGCCCGUCCACCGCCACUCUUACGCUGCGCCCGCUCACGGGGACCCGGAAAUAGCGACGCCUACCAAACCAUUCGGAUUAGCGUCCCCCGCGAGCGGCAAGCUAGGGCUGCGCAUGACCACGCUGCACGAAGAGCCGGGCCGCAGAAACGACGACGACUCACAUUCGGAGCCCGAGUCCGCCCCCACAGACGAUAUGUCUACGCCUCGGUCACAUCGCACACGGUCGCGAGCGACUCCUCGCGGUUUCCUGCCGACAUCGAAAACGCUGGAUUCCCUCCACGAGCUGGCGUGCGAACGAGCACCAAACAAGAACUCCCCUUCCAUAUCGUCCAGUGGAUACGGUUCCCAAGCGGUAUCAUCGACCAAUCUAACCAACGACGAUACACUCUCGAUAAGGAGCAUGUCCGUGGACGACACUCCAGACUUCGACAGAACCAUCGAGUGCACACAACUCAGUCGGACCAAAAACUCCGUCGCGGGCUUACGUAGCGAGAUCACAGAACUGAGAAACGACAUCACAGAACUUAAAAACGAGAUAGUAGAAUCAAAGAACGAGCUGGACGAUACUAGUUUCGAGAAGGCGAGAACUCCAGUCCUGACACCGGGCUCUAGAAAUAGAAUUAACCCGUUUUUAAGGGAAUGCGAGGACGCCGAGAACGAGUCCGCCGACCGGUCAUCGGAUCAGUCUGCGGAUGUGUUGGUCGACCCGUUGGGAGCUUUGCCCGUUGAAAGCCACACCCUGUCUAGUCAGUUGAACAAGGGUGUCGCCGAAAUGCAUAUGAACGGAGAGGGCCCCCAUGAGUCGUCGUUCGGGGAAGCAGAAGUGGAGUCAGUAAGCUCUGAACAGUCGAGCCACGACGCGGAACGCAGCCGCGAGGCUUCGUCCGUAGGGGAGAGCGACUCAGCCUCCCCGGGCCCCGACCACGGGCCAGUGCGGCCUCAGUUGCCCGCCGGGAAGGUGGUGAGGAGACGUGCGGGUGGAGGGAGGGGUAGAGGGGCGAGGCCGCGGUCUGCCAUAGAGACGAGCACUACGCCCCCCACUCACAAGAACUUGCGCGAUACUCCCGCCUCUUCCACCGAGCGUAUUGUCGAUGACGAUUCGUCAGAGAGCGGUCGCGCGAUCACAGUACCCGAGUGGAUGACCGUAGGGGAAUGCGUAUCGCUGCGACUCAGCAACAGCACGGGCGUGGUGGCGUACGUAGGGCCCACGCACUUCGCGCACGGGCCCUGGGUGGGGGUCGCCCUGGACGCGCCCACCGGUCAGUAUGUGUCGCACAACCAGGGCCGGCUGUAAGGCAGAAUGCGGGACGCUGCGGCUCGGCAACAGCACGGGCGUGGUGGCGUACGUGGGGCCCACGCACUUCGCGCACGGGCCCUGGGUGGGGGUCGCCAUGGACGCGCCCACCGGUCAGUAUGUGUCGCACAACCAGGGCCGGCUGUAAGGCAGAAUGCGGGACGCUGCGGCUCGGCAACAGCACGGGCGUGGUGGCGUACGUGGGGCCCACGCACUUCGCGCACGGGCCCUGGGUGGGGGUCGCCAUGGACGCGCCCACCGGUCAGUAUGUGUCGCACAACCAGGGCCGACUGUAAAGCAGAAUGCGGGACGCUGCGGUUCAGCAACAGCACGGGCGUGGUGGCGUACGUGGGGCCCACGCACUUCGCGCACGGGCCCUGGGUGGGGGUCGCCAUGGACGCGCCCACCGGUCAGUAUGUGUCGCACAACCAGGGCCGGCUGUAAGGCAGAAUGCGGGACGCUGCGGCUCAGCAACAGCACGGGCGUGGUGGCGUACGUGGGGCCCACGCACUUCGCGCACGGGCCCUGGGUGGGGGUCGCCCUGGACGCGCCCACCGGUCAGUAUGUGUCGCACAACCAGGGCCGGCUGUAAGGCAGAAUGCGGGACGCUGCGGCUCAGCAACAGCACGGGCGUGGUGGCGUACGUGGGGCCCACGCACUUCGCGCACGGGCCCUGGGUGGGGGUCGCCCUGGACGCGCCCACCGGUCAGUAUGUGUCGCACAACCAGGGCCGACUGUAAGGCAGAAUGCGGGGCUCUGCGGUUCAGCAACAGCACGGGCGUGGUGGCGUACGUGGGGCCCACGCACUUCGCGCACGGGCCCUGGGUGGGGGUCGCCCUGGACGCGCCCACCGGUCAGUAUGUGUCGCACAACCAGGGCCGGCUGUAAGGCAGAAUGCGGGGCGCUGCGGCUCAGCAACAGCACGGGCGUGGUGGCGUACGUGGGGCCCACGCACUUCGCGCACGGGCCCUGGGUGGGGGUCGCCAUGGACGCGCCCACCGGUCAGUAUGUGUCGCACAACCAGGGCCGGCUGUAAGGCAGAAUGCGGGGCGCUGCGGUUCAGCAACAGCACGGGCGUGGUGGCGUACGCCCGAACGAAGAGUUCUAGUCUAUUUAUUAUACUAACUAUGAACUAGCGGCCGCCCGCGACUUGGUUCCCGACAACUUUAGUGUUCUGACAAUCCCACAGAAACCUUACAAUUUUCCGAGAUAAAAAGUAUUAUAUGUCUCUUUCCAGCUUAUAAGUCUGCAAAUUUUCAUCUAAAUCUCUUAAGUCCUUUUUCUGUGAUUGAGUAUCAAACAGGCAUACAUAGAAACUUUCACAUUUAUAAUAUUAUAGUAGGAUUCGAAAGUGAGUUUGUUUGUUACUCAAUCAUGCAAAAACGGCUGAACGGAUUUAUUGAAAUUUGGCGCACAUCAUUUAUUACUUGUAUUGAGACAUACGAUACUUUUUAUUCCAAUAAAUGUGAUGUUCCUGAGGAAUUCUCAAAAACUAAAGUUAACAAGGACGAAUUCGCGAUCGGCCGCUAGUACUUUAUAAAUUAGCAAGUCGUAUUUGUUUCUUAGGUUUUCACGCAUAUCACUCAUUAAAUAAAAAUAAAACUAGUUUUUUACGGAUUAAUGCACGAAACUUUAUUUAUUUAUUGACGUUUCGUAGCCUUUACAGGCUACGUCGUCAGAAUUAAAUUUUAUUUAAUUUUGUCGAGCUACCUUCGAAAGACUUUUAUUGAGCGUUCGGUUAUUUCAUUGUACAAUUUUUAAAAUUUUAUUGUCUAUGUAUGAAUUUAUUACUUAAUUUAGUUAAUAAAGUACUUUAUUUAAAAAUUCUUUUUUGUAAUUUUGAGUUUAUUUAUUUGACCCUAACUACCAUCAACUACCACCGGUUCCAAAAUUGGGAGACCUUUCUGAGAAGAACCGGCGAAACAAACUCAAGAGAGUCGUGUUAAGAGUUCUAUUUAUUAUUCGUUUUUAUCUGGUGUCGUUUCUGUCGUGAUUCUCUAAACCUAAACUUAAAUUUGACAACAGUGUAUCCGUCUCAUUCCUUAUACAGAAUUUAAAGGAGGCACUGAUGUUGAAUUUAGUUUUAAGUUUCGCAAAAGCAUGCCAGAAUUGAUACCAAUAUCGACGCGGACCAGGCAGCAGACGGGACUCGAAACCGUAGUUUUUUUUCUUGUAAUAUUUGCUUUAGAUUUAAACAUCGAGCAGUUACAGGCUUAAAAAAUAAAAAUUACAACCAAUAUCCAAUUAAUUUGAUUGUGCAGGCAAGAACGACGGCUCGGUAGGCGGCACGCGGUACUUCGAGUGUCGCGCGCGGCACGGCAUCUUCGUGCGGCCCGACAAGCUGGCGCAGGACCGCCGCGGCCGCAGCGCGCGCGCCUUCCGCGAGGCCGAGCGGGAACGCGCCGCCAGCAAGGGUGAUGGGUUACACAAUCUGCACAGAUCGCGGAGUCGCGGCGAGAGCAUAAACUCGGUAGGCAAGGCCCGGAGCAAAUAGACUCGACGUACAAACACAACCCGCCCGCGCACGGACCGAACUACAUAUAACUAACACACGUCUACGAGAAAGGGGCGUGAUGACUCAUGUUUUUGUUGCAGUCGUGUAACGCGUAUGGUGCUUCGUAUGUAGUAGACGUUGUUACUUUCGAGUACGCUUAUUCCCAUUAAACCACGUCCACGUCACAGCAAUCGUCAAUUUAUUCAACCAAUCUUGGAACUGAUGGUGAUUUAUGUCGACUUAUUUAAUUAUUUACGCUGACGUAUUUAACUCCGGAAUUUCACUUGGCUAUUCGUGUUUGCAACAGUCUGUCCUUGUCAUGCUUUAUAAGGAAUGGAAAGGACGGACUGAUUUCAAGUUUACAAUCAGCAAAUACCAAUAGCUAAUUGAUUUGCUGGCAUAAAAAUGAACUUUUCAAGGCAGCAAUAAAAUACUUUAAUAGGGUAUUUUCCAAAUUUUUGAAAACUAAACAAACCAAGCGUUUUGGCAGUAAAUUCAAAACAAUUUGAAAUAAAUUCAACUUUAAUUGGUCUAAUGGAGAAAAAAGACAUUAAUUAAUUUAUUUUUAUUUUUCUGUUAAAUCGUUUGUCACAAUCUUUAAAUAUAAGCAGUUUUCAAAAUUUUGGAAAAUACUCUAUUUGAUUUAGAUUAGCAGUAGGUCUAAUUUUAUGCAUGUGAAGAAGGGACUUUGGGUAUGCGGCUUAACAGGAGUAAGACAUUACCGUGUCUGUAAAGCAAUACCUUGUGCGUUUGUUUGUUAUUGUUUUCUUUGUAAAUGUUAUUGUGGUGUAUGGGGAAACAAGAUUGCCUCGCAUCCGUUGACUAUUUCAACGAAAUGACAGACGGUAAAUCGGACGUUGUUUCCGUGAGUUCGCAAUCGUUAUUGGUACAAGUAUAUUUUUUCCGUUCGACAGUUUUAUUCGUUGACGUAUUUUAUUUUAAUUAUUAUAUUUGUAAAUAGAAUCGUGAAAUUAAUGUGAUUUUAAUUUAAUAACUAAUUUCUAUGUAAAUAAAUAUGUUUUGUGUGCAUUAUUAUUAUUUAACAUGAUAAUUUUGGAGCCAAUGAAAUCUUUGUGAUCGGUGAUGAUAGGAUUCGAUGCAUUAUUUGUAUAGAUUUUUUUACUGUAUAGUUUGUGGUCUAGAUGUUAUUGUAAAUCGUUUAUGAAAUAUUUUAACUAAUUGACUAUGCUUUUGUCUAUGGCUUCACAGGUUUGUGUUCCCGAUGCGGAACAAAAACUCUGUGACAUGCGCCGCAGUUUUUUUAGGCACUGCAUUUAAUCGAACCUUAAAUUAAAUUUAUUUAUCGAAUGAACCUUAACGACUACGUACUAUAAUUUCGACCCCAGAUUGCUCAUAUUGUGUUUGUGACACGAUUGCCAGUGUAUAAAUGUGAUAGUCUCUUGCCACGCGAAUUUUGCCCUAACCAAUAAUAAUUAUAUAUCUAUAUUUUUAUUGUUUCGACUACGUAAACUUUUUUACCCUAUGGAAUUUUUAAUGAAAUCGUCCAAUAUUACAUCUUCGUCCUUGAUAAAGACUUGUACUUAGUACACUUGCCAUUCAGUGGAAAUAUUAAAUCCCAUUACAUUGAUUGACUUUUCUCUCGCGGGUCCAAGUGAUAAGCGGAUAUUGAUGUGUGCUGCUGUAGCAUUAAGUAUUUUGAUAGUAUAAUCGCUAUACAUAAUCGACAUUGUAAUCAAACUGAAACCAGUGAAUUUAUUUCCAUUUAAUAAUACCAAGUUUUGUACCUUAGUAAAAUAUUGUAUUCCGAUUUCUUUUGCACAUUAUCGCUUAUCGCUUGUGACGGAGAAUUAUAUCCAUUAGGUUGUGUAGGUAUUUCUGAUAUGUGUAUAAAUGUGCGCAUUAGUGUUAUCGGCACGCUGUAAAUUUAAAAAUUAAAUAAAUAUAUAAAAUGUGUUAUUAGAAAAAAGAAAUUGUCCUCAAUUUAUUAUCUCCAUCCAAUUUUGAACAAUAAAACGUUGAGAUGUCUAACUGUAUAAAAAUUAUAACAAACGAAUAUUGAUAGGCGUUUCGUUACACGAUUGAGAUGUGAGGUAGAUAUUUUGAACGUUGGCAAGUACUUCAGUGACUUAAAUCAUCAAGAGUAUUCCUAGCGCGAAUAUAAACGAAUGUUAGGAAAUGUCCACCGCGGCCGGCGGCGACGUCGGGCGCUUAGUAUAUAGCUCACCUAAUGUAUAUUCCAUCCUUUUAGUAAAGUAAUGUCGUAAGUACACUAAACAAGUACACACAUAUAGUUUAAUGCCUCGUUAUUUACUAGUGUUUGUAAGAGUUCCACUUUCAGCGUUCAUUAUAUAGAGCCCGCCACUUGCCUCCAUUCCUGUGAACAUAUGUAUAUUUACAUUUACAUAAUAAGGUAAACGAGUAAUAUAAUUAUGGGAAAUAUCAAAAAAUAUAAAUCGCUAUUUCGACGUACGCACUUGAGAAUUUAAAACAGAUUUCAUUAAGGUAGCGGUUCUACUACAAGCUGCAUUUGGAAUGUGACUCUCGUUAUUUUCAUUACGUCUAGUGGGUACGUGAUACUUGGUCCAAAUUGAAAUGCCACCCCGCAGAAGUAGUUGGACCGCCAUCUAAAUUAGUUGAAAAGCGUUGACUGACGUCAUAAUUGUCACACGUGUAUAAUACGUAUCAUAUUUAACAUUUUGUCGAAAGCUUAUUAGACUGUCGUACUUAAAACAUUCCAUUUUUUCUAUACAUUAUUAUUAUUAUCAUCAUCAUCAUCAUCAGAAAUUUCUGUAGUGUUCGUAUCUCAAUGGAAUACUGAUUAGUCCAAUUAUUAAUCUAACAGUUAAAAUCUUGGCAUUGAUUUUGCAUUUUGCGAUUUUUGCCUUUUGAAUGUAAAUCUAUUAUAGUCCAAUGAAACUGGCCCUAACUAGGACAGCUCAAUGUGUAGUCGACGUAAAAAGUAUAAAGAAAUAUUGAUAAAUACUUUGAAAUAUAUUAGGAUGUAUUUGAAACUCUUGGUGUGCUUGUUUCCAGUAGUUGGUAGAGCACGGGCAACUGAAUAUAAGGAAGUUGACUACAGCAAAUGACACUAUGUUUUGGCAGGUAAAAGAUUGUGUAUAGCGCGGAUGGCGGAGUAAGCAUUAGGGCUCCUAGUUGUUAGGCUAAUAGUGACCUCGUAAGCAGCGUGUGUAGGUCAUAAUUUUAAUUUAAUAGACACUAAGCUGAAAAUGUGCUGUGCUUUUGUUUUAAACAAUUAGUUGUUAAGUAAAUGAAAUUAUUUGUUUUAUAAUUAUUUCGUUUAGAGCAUUUCGUAUUUAUUGCAUUCGAACGAACAUGAAAAUGAGCUUUUAUGAAUUUGUAUGUAAUUAGUUUUUGUGAAGUCGCGAUGCAUGGUGAUCCGUUAUAGUGUAACACGACGAGGUUUAUGAGUUGCCAGUCUUAAAACUGUAAUAUAAAAAUAGGACACAAAUUAAUUCUUAUCCUUUUUAUGUGAUGACCGGACUAGGCAGCUACUUGGUAGGAUAGAUGAUUGCGUCUUUCAUAUACUAUGAACACAGUAUAAGCAUAAUAAAGAGAUUUAAUAUUUAAAAAUAUGAAAAUAGUUCACUUCUAGUGGAAAUAUUUUUGCCAAGUAGCGUAUUUGAGUCAACCGUCGCUGUCAUUAUCAUUAAAUGUAUUAUAAAAUUA